AUGGAUGUGUCCUAUGCCUCUGAGGGCUACAUCAAUCUGAGAAACAGUAUCAUCACGAGUUCGACUUCCCUAAUCGAACCAAGCAAACGUCCCUCUCUAAAACCAUCGGCGGCUAGACCUCCCAGACUCUAUGGUCUUCCCAAAAUCCAUAAAGAAGGCACGCCGCUACGACCCAUCGUGUCGAUGAUAAACUCUCCUACGUACAAACUAGCCCGUUUUCUAUCAGAUACUCUGCUCCCCUUCACAGGCAAGACCUCUUCGGCAGUACUCAACUCAACCCAAUUAGUCUCUAUGGUUAAGGACAUGGUACUAUCUCCUGAUGACAUCCUCGUCAGCUUUGAUGUAGUAUCUUUGUUCACCAAAGUCCCAGUACCGGACACCCUAACAAUAAUUGAGGACUUAGUCCAACAUGGAUUGAAUUCUGAUGUACCUGCGCUGGUUAGGCAUUGCCUCACCAACACCUAUUUUACCUGGAAUGGCACCUUCUACAAACAGAAUGAGGGUACCCCUAUGGGCUCCCCCUUGUCACCAGUUAUAGCCAACAUGUUCAUGGGAAAGUUUGAAUCAGACGCCAUCCAGACAUCCACCCUGCGUCCUUCCCUGUGGAAGAGGUAUGUGGAUGACACUUUCGUCAUCUGGCCACAUGGCCUCCCAGCAUUGAACCACUUCUUGGACCACAUCAAUUCUAGACACCCAUCCAUCAGAUUCACCAUGGAAGUGGAGAAAGACGGUAAACUACCAUUCUUGGAUAUUCUGUUUGAGAGGAGGCCUGACGGAUCCUUGGGACAUUCUGUCUACAGGAAAGCCACCCACACAGAUUCCUACUUGAAACCGGAUUCGCCCCACCACCCAUUUCAAAAGAAUUCUCUCAUCAAAACGCUAUACCACAGAGCCCAUGGCAUUUCUGACCAACACCACCUGGCCGGUGAAUUAAGACAUGUACAUCGGGCCCUCAGGAUGAACGGAUACUCUGACCGCAUUAUCUGCCAAGCUGUUUCUCCCACCACACAGAAACAGCCACAUGAAACUCCGACCAAAACUAUCACGUUACCAUACAUAGCAUGCAACGUGACGGCUGUGGGCCAGGCGCCUCCUCUGUCUCCUCCCACCGCCGCCGCCACUGCUGAUGUGGACACACCGCGCGAGGUUCUCACCUUCAGGCUGAGUCGACGCAGAGGAGGCCCAGCGAGCCGCCGCUUCAGAAGCUUUCGCUCGCCACUGACGGUGGCCAGGCUCACUGACCUGGCCCAGCUUCGGCUCAGGUCCGACCCUCAGCCACACGAGCCUGGCCCUCAUAAGGACACAGACCUCGCUGCUCUGAGGUCGCCCCUGGCUUGCCCUGCUCGGCUCUUAUAA